AACAGCACCUCACUCCCAACCAUUUUAGCACAUCACGUGCGACAGUUAUGAGCCCAAAGACUCUUCCUCUGCUACACAGCAUUAUCCGCCGAUAAAUCUAUCGCAAUAACACUCUUCUCACCAGGAGCAACUCUCCUCACGAGGACGAUCCUCCUCACAGAGUCGGCACAAUCUUAGGCCGGCUCUACAGAAAGAAUCAACACAUCAAUCCUUCAAAAUGUCGUUUAAGGAUCACAAUCUUCCAAUGCUCAACUCCCGAGAUGACUGGACUGACUGGAUCAACUCUAUCGAGGACCUUGCUGUACGAAACGACGUAUGGAACUAUUGUGACCCCGAAGGCAUCGACAAUUUGGAGUUCACCGCCAGGAAACCGCCAGACUCAGCAAGUAAAGACACUGUCCAGAGAUAUCAAGUCCUUCAAGCCAUCUACGAUAGCGGGAAGAAAAAGUACGAUAAAGUCUCUGAGCGUAUAGACAUCACCGUCUGCGCGGAAUUCAAACAACACUACCUCGGAAUCCAUAAUGUCCGAGGUAAACUCAUUGCGUUAGCUGAGAGCAUUCAGCCGACCGCGAAAGACCAGAAACAGAAUGUUAGGGCCGAGUUCGAGAAGCUUAAGAAAGGCGUUGGCAACACCGGUCUCGACAAGUGGCUUAGUCGAUGGCCUGCUCUCGUCAACAACGCGAAGCGGUACAAGAUCGAGAACCUGAGCGAGUCGCAGAUAUGUGAAGCCUUCGUUGAAGCCUCUCGUGACCUCAACCCUCCAUUCUAUAACUACAUGAAGUCCAAAGAAGCACAAGUCGAAAGUGACACAUCUCUUAUUAAAGAGAUGGCAAGAGCAAUGGAGACGAUCUCUGGGGCAUUCAUCACUGCUCUCAAUGAGAUCAAUCUAAACCAUGCCAGCAACGGCUCUGUGUCAAUUGAUAACCUAAGUGCCACAGAUUCGGAUGUGACUGAAGACGAUGCCGAUAUCACAAUCGUACAGAGGGCGCAGAACAGGAUCAACAACACUCUUCGGUCCUUCCAUAGGCUGAAUCCAACUCUUUCUGAUAAGAGAAUCACGAUAGGCUUCUGUAUCAAGCAGUUUAGGACCAUGGCACCGCCACGCGAAAAAACUGCAAGAGGGCGAGCUGCACACGCUACCCUUCAAGGCAGAAAGCAAGAUCUUGAUUCAGGCUUAUCAGACGAUGAAGAUUCUCAGCCGAAGCGGAAGAGACAAAGAGUCGACUCCAAUCUAACAACAACCAAUUCCCAAAUUACCCUUCGCGAUUGCGUUUGUGGCCUAGCCCAUAAAUACGCAGACUGUCGGUAUCUCAAUCCAUCAAGUGCUCCAUCGGGAUGGACACCAAUCGUUCAAGUCAAGUCCAGAGUCAUCACGGCAAUCAAAGGAAGCAAGCGUCUUCGAACAAACAUUGAGAAGAACUUCCAAAGAAAUAAAAUCGCCUUGCCAGACUAUUGGCCCGCUGAUACUCCCAAAAACCAACCUGAAAACGCAAUACAAGAGAGCAACUCCUCAACCUCGACCUCGGCAACAAGUAGGUCGAGGGCAUCGUUUGCAACAUCAAGAUUCGCUUUUGGCACAUCUACAGAAGACGAAUAUGAUCACUGCUU